UGCUACGGAAGCAGCAGCAUCCACAUCGCGUGUCGCGGCAAUCAUGUUGAAUCAAGCGUUUCUCGAAGUGGAAGUGUAAAUCGCGUCAUAGUGCUGCUUUUCUGCAUAAUGAUUCCUUUUCGAUUAAGAAAGUUCCUUAAGACGUAUUUAUGAAUUUAAGAAUAAAACAUUUUAAUUGAUACAAAACGACCACGCCCAAGCUGCGAGCGGCCAUCUUGUAAUGUCAGCUGAGCGCAGUGCAUCAUGGUAACCAGUGAUGCAACCCUAGCAACUGACGCUCACUUCACCAUUCUUUAUUGAAGUCCUACCAUCAGAUCGGAGAUAUCCAUUUUGCUGAUUUGAGAGGAAAAAUACCAUUUUUUUACAUCCAACAUGACAAGUGCCGGUGUUUUAGUGAAAGUGAUCCAAAAUACCCGGGAUAAUGAACUCGUACUUUGAGCAGACCGCGGGUGGCUUCUACGGAAGCCACCAUCAUCAAACAGGAGCGGCAAGUCAGCAUCAUGAUCCAGCCACCGCAGCAGCGUAUCGAAGCUUUCCACUCGGAUUAGGUAUGUCGCCUUACGCUUCGGCGCAGCAUCAUCAUCACACAUCAUCCUCGUUGGGAAUACACCCAGGCGGUGGAAGCAAUACAAGACCACCUCAAGACUCGCCAUAUGACGCGAGCGUUGCGACGGCUUGUAAGCUUUAUUCGACGACACCUGAAGCAACUGGUCACACCACAUCUUCAUAUUCAACAACGGCAACGAAAGACUGUAAGCAACAGGAUCAAACGUCAACUCAUCAAAACGGUUAUGCUGCGGUAAUGGCAGCGGCAGCGGUCAAGGACGUUUGGCAGUCAGCGACCUCGGGAGCGAACAGCCAGAGUAAUUCGGUCGUACGUCCCUCUGCGUGUACCCCAGAGAGUACAAGGGUUAGUAGCUACGGUGGUCUCGUAGGCGGUGAUCCAGCAUCGAGUCCUGGUAACAAUAGUUCGUCAAGAUCCCUCACGUCGUCUUGGAACACCUGCAGUUUAAACUCGUCUGCGAGUCAACCGGUCGCCACGCAACUACAUCAGCAACCUACCAGCAACCAUACCUUCUACCCCUGGAUGGCUAUAGCAGGGGCGAACGGAAUGCGCAGGCGCGGCCGACAGACCUACACGCGCUACCAAACUCUGGAGCUGGAGAAGGAAUUCCACACGAACCACUAUCUCACCAGGCGGAGGCGAAUCGAGAUGGCACACGCACUCUGCCUGACAGAACGGCAAAUCAAGAUUUGGUUCCAGAAUCGGCGAAUGAAGUUGAAGAAGGAGAUUCAGGCGAUCAAAGAGCUAAACGAGCAGGAGAAGCAAGCGCAGGCGCAAAAGGCGGCAGCGGCAGCGGCGGCGGUUGCGCAUCAGCAGCAAGGAGGGGGUGGGGGACCAGAGGGGGGCAACUAGGGGUACGCCCUGCAUCGGAGCCCCCCUGACCACCCCACCGCCAAUCCACACCACCCUCUACUAGCACCGCAAUGUACACAGCUGUAUUAAAGGUGAGUGGCAGGCUGCACCCGCUGUCUCUGCAAUGCCAAAUAGAUGGUCGAUGUGCGUAUCUGUCGAUCGUCAAUUUAUCGGUUGCGGCGAAUCGGAUGCUGCACCCGGUGAGUGACGAACCUCCCCCACCAUGGCUACCUCCCGUAGCUCACUUUGACCGAUAUGCUCCCAGACCAAUCAGUAUCCAAGUACACAGUAUCAUCCAUAUAAGCCUAGCUCUGUUGUAGUCGUUCCCCUUUCUGGUCUCUCUACCUGUAGUUUCUGCUUUGGUGCAGUAGCAUGUAGAUAGGGGAUUGAAUUAUCGAGGGUGGCCAAUCAGCCGCGGAUCCGGGGUGUCGUUUGCGAAAAAUCGACCGAAAACAGAGUCACAUUCUCCCAAUGUGCAUUGCGAUAGGUUGUACACAACUUAGAAACUCAAAUACGUAACGAAAAGGCUACAACUAUUUAUAGGGUUAAUAUAUAGGACGUAAAAAGCAUCUAACUCUCGAUAGAUGAGAUUGAGUCGAUGUUUAUUAAUUAUUAGUUCGUGACGAACUUAACAGAGGCACGACUCUUUAUCAUAAUUCAAUGUACAAAACUGCUAUUAGCACGGUUCUCCUCAUUUUUCAUUGCUUAAUAUAUUUUUUUCUCGAAAAUGCGCACUCGAUACAAUCUCGCAAGAAAGAGAGAAAAAAAAAGAUAAAGAGAGGAAAUAAACUAGACCGAUUUUAUCUGUUAAUGUUAUGUUUUUGUUAUUUUUUUAUUAUUUGCGAGCAAUAAGAGAGUGCGUUUAUAUUGU